AUGAUGCUCAUUUCCUUGACCACCUUCCUUGCCUUCUUGUCGGCUGUCCAUGGCCUGGGUCCUUCGCAGAUUCCGCCAGACACUCCACUAUCAUCCUUGGUCGCCUCCGCGAAGACUAAUCUCGCCAGUGGCUCACCUCGUGAGGCUUUGCUAUACUUUGACGCAGCGGUCUCAAGGGAUCCCACUAACUACCUCACGAUCUUUCAGAGGGGUGCUGCAUACUUGUCGCUGGGGAAAAGCUCACAGGCCCUGGGCGAUUUCGACCGAGUUCUAGCGCUCAAGCCGGAUUUCGAAAGCGCUCUCUUACAACGGGCCCGACUACGAGCCAAUUCUGCUGACUGGACGGGUGCCUUGGCUGAUCUGGAGCAGGCCGGCAAGCAGUCUUCCCCUGACUACCAAGACUUACAAGAUGCACGGCAUGCGGCACUCGAGGCGCACACGGCAGAGGAUAAUGGUGACUGGGAGACUUGUGUCAGUCAAGCAAACGUGGCCGUUCUCAAGGCGGCCGGAUCCCUGGGAUUGCGGCAAAUUCGAGCGCACUGCCGAUUUGAGAAGGGUGAGAUAGAGGAAGGGAUCAGUGACCUAGCUCAUAUAUUGCUAAUCUCACCCGGUAUGGUCGAACCACAUCUACAAAUGUCCUCGAUGCUGUUCUAUUCCCUAGGGGACAGCGAGCGGGGGAUGGCGCAAAUUCGAAAAUGCCUUCACUCCGAUCCCGAUUCAAAACCGUGCAACCGCCUCUAUCGAAGUGAAAAGGGCCUACUUAAACGACUACAGAAGUUGCAUGGUGCGCUGAAUGUGCGGAAAUUCAACAAUGCCAUCAAUCUGCUUGUCGGAGUGGGGGACGAAAGUGGCCUGCUUGAGGAUGUGAAGCAGGACGUGGCACUUGGGAGGGAGACCGGGCAUAUUCACCCCAUGGCUCCCAACAAUCUCUACACAUCAUUGGUAGAACAUACCUGUGAUGCCUACCGCGAGGCGCACCUGUUCAAACGGGCAACCCCAUACUGCUCUGAGGCGCUUGGUUCAAACCCGAAUUCGCUACCAGGGCUGCUGUUCAACAGUCAGGUGGCUAUUGACGACGAGCGCUUUGAGGACGCCAUACGCAUGUUGAACAGUGCCAAGGAGCACCACCCCGGUUCCAAGGAUGUUCAAUCGUUGUUGCAGCAGGCACAAGUGCUGCUAAAACGCUCGAAGCAUAAGGACUAUUAUAAGGUACUGGAUGUCAGUCGGGAUGCCGACGAGCGCACAAUCAAGCGGGCCUAUCGCCAGCUCACCAAGCAACACCAUCCUGAUAAGGCCCUUUCUCAGGGCGUCACGAAGGAGGAGGCUGAAAAGAAGAUGGCUGCUAUCAACGAGGCGUACGAGGUCCUAUCCGACCCGGAACUAAAAACACGCUACGAUAGCGGCGAUGACCCGAAUGACCCCGAAUCUCAAAGGGGCCAUCCGUUCCAGGGGAGUCCUUUCGGCUCUGGGGGGCAGCAGUUCUUCUUUCAGCAAGGUGGGCCACAGUUCAAGUUCUCUGGUCAGGGAUUCAACUUUCCAGGCGGUUUCCCUUUUCGCUAG